AUGGAGCAAUCUUUGUCUCUGAUCUCUGCCCAGGUCCAGUUCAUGGAAGAUCGACUGGCCCUGGUGCAUAUCCCACUCGAUCUCUACCCGUUCUUCCUCAACCCAAUCCUGCAGGUGCUCUUUCACGAGGUAUCUCCGAUCGCGGAGGGUCGAACCGAAGGCCAGGAUUUCGGUCGUGCCGAGACGCCUAGACAUACGCAGCCCGCAUUCCUGAACCUCUCUAUCACUCCGGUGGAAUGCUCAAUUAUGUGUCCAAGACAGCUUGCCAACCAGUACUUUGCCCCCCUGGUCGAUAGGUUUCUUCGCAACAAUUCGUCUGGCCAGAGUCGCCUCUCGAUCAGCCACGAUGAUUUCAUUGCCAUGCAGGUGUACGGCGAGGGUCUGGAAGCUGGCCAGCGGGUCCUUGAGCUCACCCGGCCGCUGGCCAUGGCUGGAAUCUCCAUCUUCUUCAUCUCGACCUACUUCUCGGAUUACAUCAUUGUUCCCUUGCGCAGCAAGACUCAAGUGAUUGAAGCGCUGGAAAAGCGUGGCUUCCAGUUCGAACUGUCAACGGAGGCGUUCAUCAACAACAACAAUCAAGCCCAGUAUAGCAGCUGCUUCAGUCCUAUCUCUUCUCGUUCAGCAAGCAGUUUGAAUUCUCCUCCGGCUACGCCGCCGCCGUCAUCUCUAGAUGAGCUUCAGGUCCGCACGUUCUCAUCGCUGCGCAAGAAUCACAUCGUACCCUCCGUCGACCGUUCACUUCGCCUGGUACAUUGCGCUGCCCAUCAUCAAUUCAGCAGCGAUACCAGCUCUAUCGAGAUUCUCCGAGAGGCCCUGACUACUACUUUGAUUGUGGACAAGCCACGGUUCCUUUCACUCACUUUGACAGCUGCUGAUCCCGCGGCAUCGCUUCUCCUGGAAAAGCGGCUCCUUCCUCGGUUUUCCCACGGAAACUCUGUCACCACAGAUGAGGAGGAUGAGUCUAGCCUGCUUCUUGGAUCCAAGGAGGAAAUCCUAGUUCCCAUCAUGCUGGAUCUCCGCAAGCUUCCCCUUGAAGCGACAGGUAUUGUUUGUGGCGUCGCUAGUCGACUGGCCGAUGCUACACAUGCGCGGGACGAAGAGGACACCGACGUAUCGACCUUCUUGUCUCGCUCCUUCCACGGUUCCGGCACUUCCCUCGACAGCGCAUUCAAGCCUUUCCUCUCCUCCAGCUGGGGAUCCGGUGGACCAGUGCGGCCCCUUGGGCUUGAUGCCAACAUUCUAACUCAUCGCCUACAGCCUGACAUGGACCUACCCAUGGAUGCCGUGGAGAUUAGCUUCCUGAGCACCGCUCGUGCGGGCACCAUUCUGGUUGGCGAGCAUGAGCUGCACCGUGCCGUGGAUGCCUUGGAGGCGGAAAGCCACGAACCCGAGACUAUAAUUGAGGCUCUUGAGAUUUAG